AUGAGAAAUAUACGUUUCGCUUCAAGUUACGUGGGGAGUUUUAGAAAUAGCGAGAGACAGAAAAGAAAGUCAAUAGAUUAUUUCAUGGAAGGAGACACUUUUCCAAACGGUAAUAGCAUAGUGAAAUUAGAACCCAAUCGAUCUCAGCCAAUGGAGUAUCCACAUGUUCACCAUUCGGAUUCUCCAUUGUCUUUAGAAGAAACAAAUGAAAUAUGUCGAAAGGUAAUGCCAUAUACUUCACAGCCCUUUGAGUCUUCAUAUUUGUUGAUAAAACCCGAUGAUACUGAAUGUAUGGAACAAGCACAAAGCUUGAACGAAGACUACGAGAGAGAUGACCAUCAAAAUAAAAAGGAGAUCAACGCAAAUGAACAAAUUGUGCGAUAUGAAGAUAUUGAUAUAUCCCCUUCGCUUCAACUCAAUGGCUACGAUUCAUGGAUUCCAGGAGUUCAAUUAUCUUCAGAAGAUGCGUAUUUUUAUCAUGUCUUUUUGAAUGGGUUUAUUGUUGCUAUAUCUCCUCAGCUUACACAUUCCGAGCUAACACCAGGUGCAGUUUUUGUUCCACAAGGCGCCUUUAGUCCAAUAUUGAGAGAAAUAUUUUACGUUUGUGGUGCUUCAUAUUUGAGCUGGAAAAUGCCUGAUUUGAAGGAGAUAGUACAAAAAAAAUAUAUUAAAUGUUUAAAUGACUUAGCCAAGAUUAUAAAUUCUUCGGAGACUGAUGGUACGGAAGAUUGGAUGUUAACAUCAAUGCUUUUACUUUGCCUCAGAGAAAAGUUUUAUGGUGCGGAGCCAUAUAAGCCUGCUACCCAUAUAACCAUGGCUUGUAGAAUUAUAAAGAAGAAGCACCAGAAGAAAAAGAUGAUUCUGGAAGGUGAAUCUUUUUCAAAGGAUCUUUGCGUGAACCGCUUGGAAAUGAAUAACACUUGCGAUCAAAUUCGCUUUUAUGAUUCACCCUACCAUGAAUCGAGUCCUCAAGAGGGCCCCAGUUCGCUUCAAGCUACUCAGCAGCAAGACCCCGAAUUGCUGAGCCUUUCUGAGUUUUACAAUCUGAACGCGGAAGGUUUUUUUAACGAUAUUUGUGCUCCUGAUUUGUUCCUCAAUAAUACAAAAUUGGAAACAUCUGCUUCCGAAAAGCUAUUAAUGGAAAGUUUUAUUUAUAACUAUUCAGUUAUCUUGUUGAUCUGUGAUAGAUCAGUAAUGAAUUUUCUACCUUCCCCCUUCGAGCUUUUUGAUGAGUAUAAGUAUAUUCUUGAUGCAACAGUUUAUAAAUGUCCUGUCCCGUGGAUGAACAACCCUGUUCUUGGGGCAGCAUCACUGGCGUUUGAAUUUGCUGCUAAAGCUUCGUGGCUUUGCUUUAAAAGUCCUUUAAGUGAGAAAGAUAUGAAAUUGGCUCGCAAUUUGAAUGACAUUGCGUUGAGAUAUAUGCCUCCGUCGUUGCCUGAAAAUAUAAAGAAAACGGAAAAUGAAGAAACACUAAAAAGAUUGGGUGAAAGUAUUACCGUAGCUCGUAUUGUAACUGAAGCUUCCCGAAUACUACUAGCAAAAAUCUUAGAUUCAAAUCUCUCACAGGAAGAUGAAGCUAUACAAGAACGAGUUCUGCGUAUAUACGAUGGUUUGCUUUCGUUGUCUCCUUUAAGUUCUGUAUGGUCGAUUUGUGGCUGGCCACUUGUUGUUGCUGGAAUGGCAGCUACGCUGUCUGAUCAUAAAGAAUAUAUCAAGUCUAAAUGCUUCAUGCUUAGUGAUUUCCUACAUGCUCAAUACAUGACUCAGAUUGUGAAUCUCUUGAGUAAAGCAUGGGGAGAAGGUUGUAACCCUGAACGAGGUUGGGAUCUACUUUUUGACCACGAUUCUUUACUGAGAAUUUGUAUAUAG